CUCUUACAGUUUUAUAUAUAAAAUGAAUAUUUCCGUAUGGUGGGGUACUUGUCGCCUUUGCAACCAGAUAAAGACGGUUACAAAAAUCAUUCAUCACUUCUUCUUUCUCACCUGAACCUGCCUCAAUCAAUCAUUUCUCUUUUCGAAACAGUAUCAUCUAUGUGAUUUGCGAUUGCAGAGAAACUUAAUUUCAAGUCUUUGAUGUUUGUGCACGUUACUAGCUAGCUUGCUAGCUUCAUUACCUUCCUCUCGUCAAGUGUUUUGAGUUUCAAUUUGAUCCUGCCAUAACAAUCUUCACCUGGAUUUGGAGGGAUCUGUUUUACGUGUUGGAAGACUCCAGGAAACAAGUUCGCCACGGUGCACAGUGUUAUAAAGCUAUUGAAGGCAGAGUUGAAUUGUUUCCCUAUCAUAUCUGUGAGUUACAUUAACCUUUUCGAGGAAAUUGGAUUUAUCCUCAUGGAUCAGUGAAAGUCUGCAAGUCAUGGAAGACGGUGGGAGUUUUGAAGAGAAGUUAUUUUCUAAUGGGGAUGUCUACGUCGGUAAGAUCAAGGGCAUACUGCCCCAUGGCAAUGGAAAAUACACAUGGUCAGAUGGAACCGUAUAUGAGGGUGACUGGGUAGAUGGGAAAAUGACUGGGAAAGGACUGAUCAUAUUUCCUUCAGGGGCAAAGUAUGAGGGUGAAUUCUCUGGGGGUUUCCUUCAUGGUUAUGGCACAUUGACUACAUCGAAUGCAGGCGUUUAUAGAGGUGGCUGGAGAAUGAACGCUGAGCAUGGAAUUGGACGGAAGGAGUAUCCCAAUUCAGAUGUAUAUGAAGGCUUAUGGAGAGAAGGAAUUCGUGAAGGCAGCGGGAGGUAUUCUUGGAAUAAUGGAAAUAUAUACGUUGGGAAUUGGAAAAAUGGAGCAAUAAAUGGCAGAGGGGUUAUGAAGUGGCCUAAUGGUGAUAUCUUUGAUGGUUCUUGGUUAAAUGGACAUAGACAUGGAUCAGGUGUUUAUAGAUUUGCAGAUGGAGAGCUUUAUAUUGGGACAUGGAGUAAGGGCUUGAAGGAUGGAAAAGGAACAUUCUAUCCCACUGGCAGUAAACAACCAUCUCUAAAGAAGUGGUGUAGUUCUCUUAACAGUGAAAAUAAUGGGUUGGUGUUAAAUACAGAAAAACAUAUGGCUCAAAAGUCGAAAGUAAAACGUAGCCUUUCUGAAAAGAUUUCAAGAAGUAGCAGUUCAAAAAGUUCACAUAACCUAUCUCAUAGGAGUAGGACUUCUUCAUUGGAUUCGAGUUGGGGUGUUCAAGAUCCUGCUGGAGAUUGCAUAUGUCAUGAUUCCUCAACCAAAUCAUCCCAAUCCUUUAAAGAAGCUCAAUCUGAUGCACCUGGUAAUUGUACUAAAGUUUAUGAGAGGGAAUAUAUGCAAGGGGUGCUGAUUAUGGAGAGAGUUCGGAGCUAUUCGGAAGUAUCUCAUACGAACAAACAGCAAAAUAAGUUUAGUGUGAAGCAAGUAAAGAAGAGCACAUGUAUAGACAUUUUUGGAGGUCGCCGAAGCCAUUUUCUGAAGCUUAAUUUGCAGCUUGGCAUCAGGUACACUGUUGGCAAAAUCACACCAGUGCCUGCACGUGAUGUUCGUUCAUCUGAUUUUGGAGAACGAGCUAGGAUAAGGAUGUACUUCCCUAAGGAGGGUUCACAGUUGACUCCUCCACAUUCUUCUAUAGACUUCUACUGGAAGGAUUAUUGCCCCAUGGUCUUCAGGAAUUUGAGAGAGAUGUUCAAACUGGAUGCUGCAGAGUACAUGAUGUCUAUCUGUGGUGAUUGUGGUCUAAGGGACAUAUCUUCCCCUGGAAAAAGUGGCAGCAUCUUCUUUCUUUCUCAAGAUGACAGAUUUGUGAUAAAGACACUGAAAAAAUCAGAGCUAAAGGUUUUGCUCAAUAUGCUUCCCAAAUACUAUUACCAUGUAGGGCAUCAUGAGAAUACUCUUAUUACAAAAUUUUUUGGGGUACAUCGAAUAAAACUAAGGGGUGGGAAAAAGGUGCGUUUUGUGGUCAUGGGGAAUAUGUUCUGCACAGAAUUGCAUAUCCACCGUCGUUAUGAUCUGAAGGGGUCUUCUCAUGGAAGAUUUACGGAAAAGGAUAAAAUUAGCAGCCAUACAACAUUAAAAGAUCUUGAUCUAAAAUACGAAUUUCAUAUGGAUAAAAAAUUGCGAGAAUCUCUGUUCAAACAAAUUUCUCUAGACUGCACUUUCUUGGAGUCUCAGCACAUAAUUGAUUAUAGCCUUCUGCUAGGAUUACAUUUCAGAGCUCCAGAGAAUCUAAGGGCCUUAGCGGAAUAUCCUGGAUCUUUACAGCAACAGGAUAGCUUAUCUUCUGGAGAAGAUUCAGUCAAGGAAGGGGAUGAGUUGAUUCUUCCUAAAGGGUUGCUGUUGGUUGCCCAUGAACCGGGCUCUGUGAACACUGCACCUGGACCCCACAUUAGAGGAAAUACGUUGAGGGCAUACUCCAUUGGGGACAAAGAAGUUGAUCUUUUACUUCCUGGUACUGCAAGGUUGAGAGUGCAACUAGGAGUAAACAUGCCAGCUCAAGCUACGCGCAAGGUUCAGAAGGAUAAGGUGGAGGCAUCAGAAAUUGAGCUUUUUGAGGUCUAUGAUGUGGUGCUGUACAUGGGAGUAAUCGAUAUAUUGCAGGAAUACAAUGCCAGAAAGAAAAUUGAGCAUAAUAUUAAGUCGCUGCAAUUUGACCCCAUGACCAUAUCAGUAGUAGAACCCAAGUUAUAUGCUGAGCGUUUCAUCAAUUUCUUGGAUAAAAAAGUAUUUCCGGAGACUCCCUGAUAUAUAUAUUGCUUUUUUAUUAUAUCCAUGUUUGUAAAUUCUUUUGAUCUGCGAGUCAUAUCUUUGUAAUUAAUUGUACCAAGUCAAGAGCAGUUUAUUUAUUGGAUAAUCGUUGUUACUUUCUGCAUGA